AUGGACGCGUCGCGUCUCUUCAAGAUCGCGGUCGACGCGUCGUGCGCGCCUGGUGGGACUCAGAAGUAUAAAGACUUAUUGGCGGAGAAUGAGAUGCUCAAGGCAUACGCGAGAGAGUUCAUAGAAGAGCGAGACGCGGAGAUGGCUGCCCUCGAGAAAACACUGGGGAAGACAAAGGACGACAAGGCGCAGCUCCGGAUACGCGUCGCUGUGCUGCAGAAGCAGCUCGCGAAGGUAGGGAGAGAGAAGGAGAAGGUGGAGAAGGAGAAGACGGCGCUCGAGGAGCGGCUGGGGGUGUGCGAGAGGGAGCGGAUGACGUUUGCAGAACAGGUAGACGAAAAACUUCCUGGCGCUUUCUUCGCAGCUGGAGAAGGACGCUGUCUGGAUCAGAACCGAAGCUCUGGCUAGACUUGCCAGUCCACCGCGGAUGGAACCUUACUUCCAACCUGCUGUUUUCAAGUUCAAAGAUAGUGCAGAGUUGGCCUCGAACGUGAGAGAGGUACGUUUCGCGCGCAAGACUGUUGUGACCCCUUCAAAGGUCUUCAUAUAUGUCGCAGGAACUCGAAAGGCAGACCGUAGUGUUGGUACAUCUACCACCACGGGAUCUCCCGGUCCAUAUGCCACUCGAUGCGUAUGGGCAACACGGAUACUGGUUCGCUCCAGCCAACCCACCCCCUCCAGAUAUGCAGUUUCACCUACUGGCUGAGGGUGCUCCUGACCAGUGGGCCUAUCUUGGCUGUUUUUCAAGCAGUCCGUUCGUAGGCGGUGACAUGUCCAUCGCGGAAUGGUCGUGUCUCGACUUCGCCACACAGCACGCAUACUGCCAGCGUCGAGCCGCCGAGAGCGUGGCCCAGGGCAAGGCAACGUCGGCGGAUGCUGAGGGGGAGGCGCUGACAUUGCGGCGAAAACACGACACGGGUGAGAUGCGCGUGCCGUGCUUCUAUUUACGCUGUGUCGGGUUUAGCAUGGCGCUCCACGAGGCGCUGCGGGCGUGCUUGCCUAGUACGCCGAUGACGCCCGACUUGGUCUUUGGUGUGGUGGCCGCUCAAGCGCUCAUUCUUGAUUGAAGUGUGAAGUGAGGCAGCGAUGGUUUUGAGGAUUUGUCGUUGCUUUGUUAAAUUGUAUGCAUAUCUGUAUUUGGGUCUAGAGAGACCGAAUAAAGUUUAAUC